AUGAUUAACAAUCUGAUCUAUACGGGAAUCGAUUCAGAGCGCGUAAUCGAAAUCGAGAAGAAGUUCAAACAGGAUAUUCUGCAGGAAGCCGCUGUGAAUCGAUCCAUGAUUAUGGUGAACCACGAAACCGACAAGAACCAGAGCGUGAUGCAUCUCAUUCCGGUCACAGAAAGCUCGGUAACCACCCUCGAAGAGGUCUACAAGAUGGUGAAUCGGUCCUAUCCUCAAGUCCACAUUUCUCUCUUCCGCGUGCCAAUUUCCGACGAGCAAGCUCCCUUGGCUUCUUCGAUCGACGAGCUGCUCAAGAUUUCGUUCCGGAAUUACCACGAUCAGUUCGUUUUCAACUGUCAAAUCGGCAGAGGACGAACCACCACCGGAAUGGUGAUCUGCUCGAUGGCUCUGUCGUUCAAACGAGGCGAAUGGCAUCGAUUGAUGUCGCGAAUCGCCAAAUCGGAGAACGAAAUGGAGAAGAGCAAAUCGCUGGUGGCAUCGGAAACAGCUCAGGAUCGAUUGCUACGAGGCUUCUAUCCCUCUGUGAUGAAGAUCGUGUCGAUUAGUGAGAAUGGGGCUCGUGCGAAGCAGAAGCUCGACUAUAUUAUUGACCUGUCCAGCGAUAUGCAGAACAUUCGAGAGGUGAUUUAUCAAUAUCAUAGCUUUGCCCAAAAGGAGGAGAUUUCGAGGAAGAAGAAGGAGGAGUCGCUGCACAGAGCAACUCAUUUCUUACAUCGCUACUGUGUGCUGCUGAUUUUAGCAGAGUAUUUUGAGGAGCACCUUCCAGACGAGAACAACCCAGUCUUCUCCCAGUGGCUAGAAGAGCACAAGGACUAUACAGAGAUAUUGAAAAACAUUCGUCUUGAGUUUUGUCUUUUUUAA